CUUCAUGGAGCUAUUGGUUUGGCCCCAUCAGCUCCUCCUGUAUUUAGCUGACAGAACCCCUUCACCACUGUUUGCCUGUCCCAUCUCAGGAAGCAGGAAGUGGAGAACCUCUCAGCACCGAGGCAGCACUUGCGCGUCCCUGUUUUACCCUGCGCUCUCAGUCUCCCGGCAAAAGGACCAAAAGUCCGCCGGUGGCCUCAGGAGCAUCACCGUGCCUCCACACCGGACGCAGCAGCAGCAACGAUCUCCCCCUCCCCUCCUCUGAGCCUCCACCCUCCUCCCUCUGUGCGCUCCCCCCGCCGCCGAUGCUGCAGCUCACAAGUUGAGCUGAUCGUCUCCUGCACAACAAGUCCGUUGUCUCCGGUAGCCCGACCGGCGAUGCUCGUUCCCUCGCGUUAGUCAUAAAUGGGCCUCCUAGGAUGUGAAGCCUCGCUGAAAGAAGCAGGAGGAGGAUGGAGAAACCGGGCUUGUCUGCAGUGGUGCUGCUGCUCCUGCUGGGCUCAUUCCUCUCGGCGUCCUCCGUUACAGCCGACACUUUGCUGUCAGCUCCGCUCAAUGUGACCAUCAGAGAGCUUGAGGUCAACUCGGCCGUGGUGACAUGGGAAAUCUUGGAGGGAGACCCCGUAAUUGGAUUCGCCAUCACUCAACAGAAAAAGGAUGUUCGCAUGUUGAGGUUUAUCCAGGAAGUGAACACCACCACACGCUCCUGCGCGCUGUGGGAUCUGGAUGAGGACACCGAGUACAUCGUCCAUGUCCAGAGCAUCAGCAUGGGAGGCAGCAGUCCCCCCAGUCAGCCCGUGCUCUUCAGAACACCAAAAGAGUCAGAGAAGAUGGAGUCCAAGAGUCCCAAUGAGGUGACGAUGGAGGAGGUUGGUCAGGCCCAGCUGAGGGCCGGAGAACUCAUCAUCAUAGUUGUGGUGCUCGUCAUGUGGGCAGGGGUGAUCGCCUUGUUUUGUCGGCAGUAUGACAUCAUUAAAGACAACGAGCCCAACAACAACAAGGACAAAGCCAAGAACUCGUCAGAGUGCAGUACCCCAGAGCACCCACAAGGGGGUCUACUGCGCAGCAAUGUCUAGGACCAACUCUAUCGCCUUCUGCAAUAACGAACCGUAGAUCUCAGGACAGACCCUGAGAAAAACAAAAAGCCAUCCUCCAAAACACAACCUACCAAGAACAGAUGGAACAUUACAAAAACCAUGUUGACUCAACUGAGAACUUCACAGAACGGAAAACUGAGAACUUUUAAAAUCAGUGGCUACAAGCAAACAGUGAGCAGCAGAAAACAGCAGUUUUUGUUGCAGAUGAACUGGACUGUAGCCUGCUUCCAGCAGGUAUACAGGAGUCUCUAACUGAGAACCACUUGAAUCAUACGGUUUUUUGGUUACUCCUCAUUAGUAGCAUGGAAUCCACAGAGCUGAUCUUCCAACGCGAAUGUCGAUGAUCAAGAUGCCAGCUCUCAAAUUGUGGAAUCUUUGGCAGCCAAACUGGAUUCACCAGCCCAGGUUUCAGCCAGCACACAGCAACAAGCUAGACUCUGUUUUAAAUCAAAGACUUUCACAUUUUCUGCUGACCUUUAUGCAUUACUUUUCUGUCUAUUACAACCCUUUGUGUAGCGGCUUCUCUCUCUUUGUCCUUCUGUGUCUAUCUUUUCUAGAAGCAUUUGGUGCUCCUCCUUUUGUGAUUCCUUGAACAUCCUACAAUCUUGAUUUGGGUUUGAUUUUAUUAUCGGUCAUGAGUAUUGCACGAGUUUUGUCUACUGUCUUUCUCUGGCAUCAGUUAAAUGAUGCAUCUGUUCUUUGGCCCCACUAACAGGAAGUUCAGACUCCUGUACAAGUUCAAACCUGAGACACUCAUUAAAGCCACCCACAGUUGGUCUGACGAUGACUGACUACAGCUAGGAUUCACGCAGAGUUCAAUAACUGACCUGCAGUCUCGUUCACAUCACAUUUAUUGCUCCGAUGUCCAAAAGCUUGCAUGCAGUGCCGACUUUUAGAAGAGUGGCAUGACGGGAUUUAGGACCAUAUACAGGCUUCAUUGUUCAUCGCUGCAUAUUCAGCACCAUAUGCUGUUUGCGGUCUGCAGGAGGACGCACAGAGAAUAUGGAUGUGGAAUCAUCACCUAAUGCAAAGUGUACAGUGGGCAGAGUUUGGCUGAGUUUCUCUUGCGGUUUGGCUGAUGACCAACAGGGAUGCCAGGAAGUGAGAGCUCAGAGGGGAUGUGUGCUCAGCUGUGUGGCUGAACAGUGUUUCACCAUCCAGACCGUAGGGUGAUUAAAACAGAAAAGAUAUUUUCUGGCUCCUUUUUAGAAGAAACGUUUGAAAACCAAGUUGUGGAGGCACAUUGCACACCAGCAUGAUGCCUUAUUACAAGCAUUCUUGAGAUGUAUUUGUGAUUACUAUACCACAUGAAGCUACUGCCACACCAGCUGGUAAAAAUGAAUUUGGCAGUCUUUUGUAGUGGCUAAAGUUAAUUAACCUGUAACUGGAUUGACUCAAAUAAGUAAUCAGUUGUAUUGAUCAUAUUUUUGAAAGGUUACAGGAUACAAACAAUAGUAAAAACAGUAAAUGACAAAGUUUUAAUAGAUGAUUAUUGGUCAGCUCUCAGACUGUUUGAGGUGACUCCAAGGUUUUUGUCCAAAAUCAACUGAGGCAUUUUUGUGCUUGCUAAUGCUGACUAGAUGGGCUUUUUGUCGCAGGCUAAAAGUAAAAUGAGCUUAUUCAAAUUAAUACCAACAACUUGCCUUGUAAUUGUUACUUUAGCCUUUAUUCUUUGCCACAGAACACAAGAUUGUCAUAGGACCACCAACCCUACUACACUUUGGAAGCAUCAGCAGCGGAAUGCCACUGCUUCAAAUAUAAAAUCUAUUAUAGUUUAUGUGGGAGAUUCAAACCAGCCGCAACGUGGACCUUUGUGGGCGUGUCUCAGAAGAGGCAUGCCAGGCCGUGCCGCACUGCUAAAGAUGGGUUUUGGUCCUAUUUUUUCCGCAAGCCGCUUCUGGGAUAUGACAAUUUCCACAGUUAACAUAAGGCAGGAAAUCA